UCUCUCUCAGGAAGUGCUGUUCAUCUGCCCGACUACUUGAACAUCUUCUGAAGGGUCUAUAUGCACAGGCCGCCUCUUGAACUCGAAGCAGAUCAGGGAAUGUGAACAAGUCUCGCCAAUCGAAUCCGACACUGACAUCACCGAACCGGAGUGCGCGACCAUCGCUGCCAGAUAUUCGCCAUGAAGACCGUCAUCAUCGCCCUUGUUCUCGGCACUCUGUGUCUCGCUCAGGCUCAUCCUGUUAACGACCCAUUCUCUGAUCCGGAUCAUGAAUAUCGUCUUGGAUCGCUAUGGCAUUCGGAAGACUCGGCAGGCUUUGCGCAUCACGCCAACAUUAUUUCUUGGGACGGGGAUGGUCCUGCAGUCUGGCAAUGGAUGAGGGGCAAAACGGGAGGUUUGGCUGGAUGGCUAAAUCCGUGGCAAGAAGGUAUCGUCAACAUUAUGAUCGAAGAGGAUAGGAACAUCAGCAUCUCGCAUCGCCUCUCCGCUUUCCCUACUGAACUCGCCCCCGAAAAGUCGUACCCUCUGACCGGCAUCUUGCAGAAUAUCACCGCCUUUCCGCAGCUCGCCACCUCUGGAGGUAAUUCUUCGGUCGAUCCAAUGUACGCUUGCGAUACUUUGAUAUCGUCACGCGACCAGCCGACCUUGAUCGCACCCCAGGAUCCCAAGGUGUCGAGACCGAAGAGGAUCGCCUUGGUCAUUCGCGGUCAUUGUUCCUUUUCCCAUAAGGUUCGGGUUGCCGAGGCGAGAGGUGCCCAUGCUGUAUUGGUGGCUGACGACGUCAAGCGAGAAGGAGAGAUGGAUGAAGAAGGGCGGGAGCGGGACGGGUUAUUGACGAUGUACUCGCCAGACGAUACGAGUGAUAUUACCAUCCCGUCGUCCUUCAUUUCGCGGGCCUCGUUCCUGCUCAUCCGGGACCUACACAAAGACCUCGAGUCCAGCGGAAGGCUGCAUGGAUUAGAAGUCGAAAUCAAACCGGACGAAGGGCCGCUUACAGAUAUGCUCAUGUUCGUGAUGCUACUACCGGCAUUUGUGACAAUCAUGUCCCUGCUCGUAGGCAGAUACCGAGAUAUGAGGCUCGCUGAAGCGGAACGAGCGCCGCCUACAGUGGUCUUGUCUCUGCCCGAGACCAUUUGGACACCUGAAGAGUGGGAGAAGGAGGAUACACCCCCACCAACCGCCAAGGCGAAAUUGCAACCCGCAGGCGAAAUAGAUCAGGACACGUCUCUCAAUACGUUGGAAGCUCAAUCAAACCUCGUUCAGCCAGUUCCCAUUCCCGGCGGCGCAGGGAAAUCCCACGGCGAUAAUGAUGAGCAGGGUAGUAAUCUAGAAUUCCUCGGACCAGCCUCCUCGCCUCCUCGCGCUUCGACAUCCGCUUCUCCUGAACCUGCUCAGGUCGUCCCGGCUCCCCUCAGGAAGUACAGGAAGAAGUUCUUCCACGGCGACGAAUGCUCGAUCUGCCUGAACAGGUUCGAGCGCGGAGAUCACGUUCGGAUUUUGCCUUGUGGACAUCUUUUCCACAAGAUCGAGGUGGACAGUUGGCUCUUGGAGUGGAAGAAGCUGUGCCCCGUUUGUAGAAUGGACGUAACACAACCUCUGACCGAGGCCGCCCUCUCUGCCUCCGCUUCGACCAUGACAACGCCGCUUGGAUCCGCCAAUGCUGCCCCUGAGAUCGCAGCUCGAGCAGGGCUGCGCGGACGUUAUGCACGUCUACGGGGAUAUCUUCCCUUUGGUCGCAUGUUCGGCUGGUUGGAAGAGGGAGUGGUUACAGGCAACGAAGGCGAGGACGGUCGAGAGCUAGCUCAUCGCAUCGAAGAGGAGCCAACAGAGAGGACGUCUCUCUUGGAAGUGUCACGAUAGCAUGAUCAAAUAGCGUUGUAUGCGAGCAUUCUCUUUGUAUCACUGUUGUGUUUUGGCCGAUAUAGGCGUAUCCUUUAGUCUCCACUAUACCACUCAUCGCACGUUG